AUGCGGGUGAAAGAUCCUUCAAGAGCCAACCCUGAGAAACCAAAGAGAAGCAAAAGGCCUAACAGGCCGCAGGAUGAGGACUCUUCAGAUGAUAUUUCAGGCUUAACCUGCCAGCAUGUGAGCCAAGCAGUAGAUGUGCAUCAUGUGAAGAGGGCGGUAGCUCAGAGUGUCUGGUCAAUAUGUGCAGAAUGUUUGAAGGAGAGACGGAUGAGUGAUGGUGAACCCGUGGCACCUUUGGACAUAUGGCUGUGUCUCAAAUGUGGCUCUCAGGGAUGUAGUAAGAACUCGGAAGGCCAGCAUUCUCUGAAACACUUCCAAACAGCACGCGCAGAACCUCAUUGCAUUGUUAUCAACCUCAGCACAUGGAUCAUAUGGUGUUAUGAAUGUGAUGAAGAGCUGUCAACACAUUGCAACAAAAAGGUUUUGGCUCAGAUAGUUGACUUUCUUCAAAAACAUGGUUCCAGGGCUGAACCAAGUUCAUCAAAAAUCAUACGACUCCGCGAAGAGAACAGUGAAACAAGUGAAAUACUGAAAGGAAAAAGUUCUGGAAAUGGUGCAUCAGUUCCAGUUAAAGGAAUAAAUAAUUUAGGAAAUACAUGCUUUUUUAAUGCUGUCAUGCAGAACUUGGCACAGACUCACGUACUAAAUGAACUUAUGUAUGAGAUGAAGGAGAAAGGAACAAAGUUAAAAAUCUGUCAUAAUUCAGACUCCCAAUUGGAUCCUCUGGUGGUAAACCUCUCCAGCCCAGGACCUUUGACUUCAGCAAUGUUCUUGUUCCUUCACAGCAUGAGGGAGGCUGGAAAAGGUCCUCUUUCUCCCAAAGUGCUGUUCAGCCAGCUUUGUCAAAAGGCUCCUCGAUUUAAGGGCUUCCAGCAGCAGGACAGCCAGGAGCUUCUGCACUAUCUGUUAGAUGCAAUGAGGAUUGAAGAAACAAAGCGUAUACAAACUGGUAUCUUAAAAGCAUUUAAUAAUCCAACUACUAAGACAGCAGAUGAAGAAACCAGAAGAAAAGUCAAAGCAUAUGGAAGAGAGGGUGUGAAGAUGAACUUCAUAGAUAGGAUCUUUGUUGGUGAAUUGACUAGCACUGUCAUGUGUGAGGAAUGUGAAAAUAUUUCAACAGUAAAAGAACCUUUCAUUGAUCUUUCACUACCUAUAAUAGAGGAGAGGGUUGCAAAACCUGUGCCUUUGGGAAGAACAGGUAAAGGUAAAAGUGCACAAGAGGCAGAUCUUGGUCAGUAUAACUGUUCUUCUGUCACUACACUGAAUAAUCAACCCAAAAUUGUCAAGAAACAUGCUUUACCAAAAGAUAAGAAUCAGUUGAAUCAGGAAAGACGGCUUGCCAGAAAAGCUUCCUCGAAUGAAGAAGAAAGAAGUCCUGUUAUAAUGCAGGAAAAAAGCAAAAAGCUUGAGCUGGAAGGUGGCUCUGGCGUUCUGUGUUCCAAAGACACAACUGCUGACUCUGCUGUAAAUGGAAGUCAGACGGAUGGCAGCGAGAAGGAAGCCAGCCGCUCUGAAAGCAGCUUUGAUGCAGACAGUGAAGCCUCAGAAAGCGAAAGUGCUUCUAAGCAGACAGCUUUCAGCCUGUCCAGCAACAUGUCUGGUUUGCAUGUCAACCACAUAAAUGUUAAAAUGCCCCACAACAAACCAAGUGACAGUAAUGAAGAGAUGAUUUCCAGUGCCAUAUCCAAACUCAGCUUAUGUGAUACUAUACAUGAGGAUAAAAAAUUGAGCCGUGGAGAUCCAUCAACAGGUUUAUCAAAUAACCCCAUGUUCUCAGUAGACAAAUCCCCACUGUCCCAAAACCCUCAAAAUGCUUUCCAGACGCUUUCCCAAAGCUACAUAACUAGCUCAAAGGAAUGUUCUGUUCAGUCCUGCCUCUACCAGUUCACCUCUGUGGAGCUCCUAAUGGGGAACAACAAGCUCUUAUGUGAGAGCUGCACAGAGAGGAAACAGAAGUAUCAGAAGAAAACCAACUCCACAGAAAAGAAAAUGGAAGGUGUCUACACAAAUGCUCGGAAACAGCUGCUGAUUUCUUCAGUUCCUGCUAUUCUUGUUCUCCAUCUGAAAAGAUUCCACCAGGCUGGUUUGAGUCUACGGAAAGUGAAUAGGCAUGUGGAUUUCCCAUUGAUUUUAGACUUAGCACCAUUUUGUGCUGCAUCUUGCAAG